UUACACGGGAUGACAGGUGUUCAACAAAACUUAUAUUUUUCUUGUUUUUAAGACAAGCUUUAACCAUGAGAAAUAUUUACUGACGUAAUUAUUAUUAUUAACAAUUUUAAGUAGCCUAUUAUUAUUAUUUCUUCCCCCAGAUACAUUUAAACACAAAUUGGGACAGACAUAGUUGUCACACACCUUUUUCUGAAUUUCUCGGAAUAAGUCAAAAUUUUGUCAAACAGUGGGCUCCUUCUCUGUUGUGAGGUCAGGGAUCUUCCGCUGAAGCCCAGGGGUGGGGAAAGCCAAAAGUGGGCAGGCUUGGGAUUGUUCGGGAAUCUACAACUAACUUUCUCUCGAGGAAAGGCCUUAUUUCAUCAGACGCCGUUAACUGUGGAGGUCUGAAGAAGAAGAACGGGUCAGAAAUGAGAGGAGUCCUGCUCGUCCUCGCGUGUUUGUUUGCGACAUUUUCUCCGCUUGACUGUAAUCAGCAGGGCUCGAUCCCCGAGGGAGAUCUUCUGGUGCUGACUGUGGCCACGCAGGAGACCGAUGGCUUCAGACGCUUCCUGAGAUCUGCCAAACACUUCAACUACAGCAUCAAGGUUCUCGGAGGGGGUGAAACAUGGACAGGCGGAGAUUACAUGUCUCCUCCGGGUGGAGGGCAGAAGGUGCGCCUGCUGAAGUCUGCUCUGGAGGACAUACAGGAGGAGAACAGAGUCAUUCUUUUUGUGGACAGCUAUGACGUGAUCUUUUCUUCUGGUCCGAAAGAGCUGCUGAAGAAGUUUCAGCAGGCGAAGCACAGAGUUGUGUUUUCUGCCGAGACGCUCAUCUGGCCGGACCGUCACCUGGAAGACAAGCAUCCUCAUGUCAGAGAAGGGAAGAGGUUCCUCGGGGCAGGAGGCUUCAUUGGCUAUGCACCUAACCUUAAAAAGAUGCUUUCGGACUGGUCAGGUGCAGACAGUGACAGUGACCAGCUCUAUUUCACCAGGAUAUAUAUCAACCCUGAGAAAAGAAAGUCUAUAAAUAUAACUGUGGACAGCAAGUGCAGAUUGUUCCAGAAUCUCCACGGAGCUCUUGAUGAGGUGGUGCUGAAGUUUGAAGAUGGACGUGUGCGAGCCAGAAAUGUGCUUUAUGACACGCUGCCUGUUAUUAUUCAUGGCAAUGGACCCACCAAACUUCAGAUAAACUACCUAGGGAACUAUAUCCCAAAUCUGUGGACGUUUGAGACUGGCUGCACAAUUUGUAAUGAGAAUCUGCGACCGCUUUCUGGACUCCAGGAGAGUGAAUAUCCCGUGGUGGUCAUCGGGAUCUUCAUCCAGCAGCCCACACCCUUUGUCACUGUGUUCUUUGAGCGCUUACUUAACCUCAAAUACCCCAAAAACCGGAUCCAAUUAUUCAUCUAUAAUGAGGAAUCACACCACGAACCCCACGUACGCACGUUUCUAGAGGAUCACGAGUCCGAAUACCAGGGAGUGAAGCUGAUUGGACCAGAGAAGGAUAUAGAUCCUGUGACCUCACGUAACAUCGGCUUCGAUAUGUGUCGAGAUAACAUUGACUGUGAAUACUUCUUCAGCAUAGACGUGGAUGUGGUUUUAAAGAAUGAAGACGCACUUCGAAUCCUUAUUGAGCUCAAUAAGCCUUUCAUUGCACCAAUGAUGACCAAACCCGGGCGUCUGUGGACAAACUUCUGGGGCGCUCUCAGUGCGGAUGGGUACUACGCCAGAUCAGAGGACUACGUAGACAUAGUUCAAGGACACCGCGUGGGUUUGUGGAAUGUGCCAUACGUCUCUCACAUAUUCCUGAUAAAAGCUGAUGCAUUGAGGACUGACCUCAAAGAUCCUGACCUGUUUGAAUCCUCAACGCUAGAUCCGGAUAUGGCCUUCUGCUCCAGAGUUCGAAACAAGGGUGUUUUCAUGUUUGUAACAAAUAUGCACACCUACGGUCGAGUUUUAUCGACUGAAAAUUACCAGACAAACCAUUUGCACAAUGAUCUCUGGCAGAUCUUUGAAAAUCCUGUGGAUUGGGAGGAAAGAUACAUUCAUGAGAAUUAUUCCAAAAUUUUGAAAGAAGCUUUCAUAGAAACGCCGUGUCCUGAUGUGUACUGGUUCCCUGUGUUCACUGAUGUGGCCUGCAAACAUCUCAUUGAAGAGAUGGAGCACUUUGGCCAGUGGUCAGGAGGAGGAAAUGUGGACACUAGGAUCCAAGGUGGAUAUGAAAAUGUCCCAACUAUUGAUAUCCACAUGAAUCAGGUGGGCUACGAAAAAGAGUGGCACAAGUUCCUGUUGGAUUAUGUAGCGCCGGUCACUGAGCAAAUGUAUCCAGGAUACUACACAAGGGCUCAGUUUGAUCUGGCGUUUGUAGUCAGAUAUAAACCUGAUGAACAACCCGCACUGAGACCACAUCAUGACGCCUCUACUUUCACCAUCAAUAUAGCGCUCAAUCAAGUGGGCAUUGACUAUCAGGGCGGUGGCUGCCGGUUCCUCAGGUACGACUGCUCCAUCAGAGCUCCCCGGAGAGGCUGGGCGCUCAUGCACCCCGGACGCCUCACUCACUACCACGAGGGUCUGCCCACCGUACAGGGCGUACGAUACAUCGUGGUCUCAUUUGUGGACCCUUGAACUACUUUUGAUUGGAAACUUGGGUUUGCUUUGAAUUCAGGAGACUCUAGAAUAAUCAAAUCAUGUUGACACAGUGCCUUACGUUGUGAAUAAUAUGCCAGUGUGUAUAUACUUCCCAUGUUUUAUGUUAGGUAAAGGCAUCUUUUGAUAACGAUCAGUGAAUGUUGAAAGCAGUUUGACAGAUAUGCAAUAUGUAACUUCUGCGCAGUGACAUUUACUCAUUUAUUUAUUGUCAAAUAUUGACGGGAUUAUUCCAUAAAAUGACGUGGAUUUUGAAAAUCUUAUCUGUCUUUGCUUUGACAUUCACAGUUAUUUUCUGAUGCCCUUCAAGCGACUGAUGCUGCGCUUGAAAACAGUUUGUUUGGUCUGUUUUCUCUCUGCAUAAUGUUGCUUCUUUAGAGAUGUAUGUCGUUGUUUUGUUAUGGAUAAGAAAUGUCAUGGAUUUUGGAAGAAAACAAUAAAGAAAAAAAAAAUUAAUGGUUGAUGGUAUGUAA